UUUGUUUACGUUUUGUGUCAUGGCUAUUUCUGUAUUUCUGACUGUUGUCAACAAUAACCCGUUUUUGUGCACUGGCCAAAACAGGAAACUAUAAUUAAAUUUAGUAGAAGAAAAGAUCAAAUCCAGACAUGGUUUCCUUGCCCCUGCGCUAUGAGGCCGCUAUGGUCCUGAGUGCGGCUGGAGAUGCUCUGGGGUAUAAGAAUGGCUCCUGGGAGUUUUGUCAUCACGGAAAAGAAAUUAUAAAGGAGCUAAAUGCAUUAGGAGGAUUAAACGCUAUUAAAGUGAAACCACCAAAGUGGAUAGUCAGUGAUGACACUGUCAUGCAUUUAGCGACAUCUGAGGCCCUGACCACAUGUAAAAAAUCCAGAAAAGAUGAACUAUUUAAGGCAAUUGCUAGAAACUACAAACUGUGCAUGAAGGAUAUGAGAGACCGGGCACCAGGGCUGACGUGUACGGGCAGUGUUCAUGAGCUCAAACCAGACAGGCCCGACUGGAGAGAUGGAUGUAGAAUAAACUUUAAUGAGAGGGGAGGAGGAUGUGGUGCCGCCAUGAGAGCCAUGUGUAUUGGUCUCAGAUACCCACGUGAGACAGAACUAUCAGAUUUAAUUGCUGUAAGCAUUGAGGCAGGCAGGAUGACCCACCACCACCCCACAGGUUACCUUGGGAGUUUGGCUGCUGCUCUGUUUACAUCAUAUGCUAUACAAGGAAAGCCACCCAGAAAGUGGGGAGCUGGCUUAAUGAGUGUGCUGCCUAAAGCUCAGGAAUAUAUUAAGUCAGAGAAGUUCUUUGUGGAAGACAACUUAGAAGCUUGGAAUUAUUUUGAGGAACGUUGGAAAAAAUACCUUGAAGAGAAAGACCUCCUAGAAGGAAGCCAGGACCCAAAACCUGACAAUCUGGACGAAGAUGGCCGAGACAAGUUUUACAAAAGUCUGAGUUUCUCGGGCUGGGGUGGAGCCAGCGGUCAUGAUGCUCCUAUGAUUGCAUAUGAUGCUAUUCUGCAAUCAGGAAAAAACUGGGAAGAACUAUGCAAAAGAUCAAUGUUUCAUGGAGGAGACAGUGAUAGUACUGGGGUCAUUGCAGCCUGCUGUUAUGGGGCCAUGUAUGGGUAUGAUGGGGUACCAGAGGGGAAUUACAAGAAGCUCGAGUAUCAUAAAAGACUAGUGAAGCAGGCCAGAGAGUUGUAUGAAAUUGCUCACGGAUCUGGAGGGGAAGAUCCCAUGAUAGAUGAGGAUGACGAUAUGAUAAAAGAGGAGGAUGAAGAGAAGAAAAGGAAGGAAAAGAGCAGAAGGUGGCCGAGAAAGAGAGUGCUCAAGGGGAGAAAACUCUGGAGUCAGAGAAUGUACAGGAGAAAGUACAGACAACUGUAUGAUUGUUAUCUAGCUACUAUAGACUUGUGUUACUGGAAAAUGUCAUUGAAUUAAAAGAUGGUUUAUAGUUUUCUUAUUUCAACAUCUGUUAUUAGGUGAUAUUCCCAGAAGAAUGCUUAUGUUCUACUAGUACAUGUACAGGCCCGCAGAAGCAAUUUCAG